AUGAGCAGGUUUCGCCACGGUUUGCUGACGAUUAUUCAGUCGCAAGAACUGCAUAAAUCUCAUCUGUACAGAAAAGCUAAGGAAACAUAUGAAAACUUAGUUGGUAACUGGGAUCGCAAACGUCCCGAAUGGUUGUUGUUCACACUGUAUCAAUUGUGUGAAAAUCAUAUAGAUCGCCCAACAUCUCCAACGCUCGAUGUCUUCCUUGCCAAUAAGGCAUUUGAAGAGGAUAAACGAAUUCAGCCUAUUGAAACCACACAGGAGCAAUGCAAUCCAAUCAAAUCUCUUACUAAAGAAGAGGUAAUAUUUGCUGUUUUUAGAUUGUGAGC